CAUUUUAUAUGUAUUUCCAGCUCAACCAUUCAGAGAAGCCAGUGUUCAUGCUUGAACCAACCAUCAUGGAUUCUGUUGACUCGCCAAAAUCAUUAUUGACCUUUGAUGAGUUAACUGAGCAACCAGCCAGUCCAGGAAGAACAUGGUCCUACUGCCGUGCUGUUGACAAAGAAAAGGAGAGUGUCUUUUYGUUGCCAAGGGAGGAAGUAAGAGCUGGGUUACAAGCCAAUUUGAGRCUCUUCCUGCUGCAUUCUGCUGAAGUGUUCUUGGUUCCUGAAGAAUUUGAAGUUCUUGUUAAACAGGUUGAUGUCUGCAAGAGAGUGAUACACUUUUAUAGAAGUAUUGUUCUAGAAGUGCCCAUGGAAGCAAAAACCUGGGAACAAUUACUGCUUGUCCUGCUUGGAGCAGCCCAACAUUUGUUGUCUAGAGAUGUCCCACAAGAAAAAGAAAGAACUCUYAGUGGUCAGCUUGCUGGCAGCUUGCUACAGACGUUGUUUGUGACAUGGAUAAGAGCCAAUCUCAAGGUUCAGAUAUCAUCAUUCCUGUGGGAUGAAUGCAUGAAAGUCUUAUCGUCGUUGACUCAUUGGGAAGAAGUCAUUGCUGAAUGGAAUUCAACCCUUCAAACUCUGACUAGAGUUAUGGCAAGAACUGUGUAUGCCCUUGACCUUGAGGACCUUCCACUAUCUAGACUAAGCGAACAGAAACGCAAAAGAAGAAGACAUCAAUUUGCAAACAAGUCUGAAUUCACAAAAGAUUCCUUUGCACGGCUGAGCAAGAUGCAAACACACAGCACCACCAACCAAAAGAGAGAAAGAAACAACGCAGGUAGUCCAAAGAUGCUACGUGAAGUUCCCAGUCAGGGCUCAGGGAUGUCUUCGGCACCCGUCACUCCCAAUGCUCAAAGACCAAACGUUGAAGCUAACAUAACCAAAGUGUGCCCUCCAGAAGGCGAUAAAAAAGAUCUGCAGUCUUCUCCUGGGGGACAGAGUGCUUUUAAGAGAGCAGAGAAGAAAAUGGCUGAUAACGAGUCAGGGAAGGAGAAAGGUUCUUCGGUCGUUGCAGCUGGUCCUGCAACCCCAAAAGAGAAUGAUUCUGCUGGUCAUGUUUCAUCCUSUAGUAGCCUURUCCAUGAUACUGACUCYAAGCCGUUGGUUGAUGUUAGGACGGACAGUCCKAUAACUAACAAGUUUAUCUCGCUCCAAGCAAGUGACACCGAAAGCACAGGAAGUGGAGAUUUCAACUUCAAACAAGAUGCCGAUGACAUUGUCAACGGUCUCAGRGAUGACGAUAAAGUAGACUUCGCCUCAACACCGCCACUAUUACGSCAAACAUCAGACACUAGUACYAUAUCAAGGCAGGACACCUCYAAGUCRAUGGAAUGGUACGAUUUGAGCUUUGAAACCAAAGAACCAAGCACUACACCRACUAUAACACUCAACAGCACCUCAAUGGGGCUAUCAAGAAUCAGUGAAUCUAGUCUUGAGUCUAAAUCAGAUUCUCGAGAUUCAYUAGUSGACAGUACUUCAAAGUCUUUCGGCCAAGUGGGUGAAGAUGCUAAGGAUGUUGCCUUUGAUGAAAUGGGGUCAGAUAGCAAGGGGAGCAGGUUCUCCUCUAUAUAUCUGACGUUUUGAGCCGAGGGUACAGAAGUCCAACUCCACCUCUAACUGAAAACCAUGACGGUCUAUUAGAGAUGGACGACUCUGAGGGAGGGGUCAGCGAUGAGGAUCAAUGUGUCAUUGCUGGUGGAACAAGGGAGGGGUGGGGACCUGUGUCAUCUGUGGUGUUAUGGCGAAGAAUGCUGGGCAUUCUGGGUAACAUUAACAAAAUUAGCAGCCCUGCRAUYCAUGCUAAAGUCAUUGAGUGCCUUUCCACAGUCUGGGACAUGCUGGCCAAGGUCCGACUAAACCAAGGCAUCUCUCUUGACAACAAGUAYACACCUCAAGUACCUGAACUUCUUCCGCCAUUACAGUUCUUUGCCACAUGGGUGUUUGAGGCUGCUUCAAUGUCAAUGUCAUACAAAUUCAAACAGGGACGUUUAUUAGCCUACCAGCUAAUGGCUUCCAUGACCGUUCGUCGACAUGAGCUCCCUCUGUCACAGGAAUAUCUUACUCACUUCUAUCGUCUAAUGCACAUUGGCUUGACUGGAACUGAUCAGGAUGUUAUCAGUGCUAUUAUUAGUAACUCUGGACAUUUUUUCUCGUUAACACUACCCUGCUGUACGCUKCUUAUUCUGGAUUUUAUCCAAGCUGCGAAUACCAUCUUUAUCAAUCAAAACAUGGAGCUGCCACGUGCCGAGGCUGUAACGCUGAUGGCUUCGUUAUUAAGCUAUCCCAAUGCCUUUCCRAACAUGCCAUUGCAUCAACCAGGGCACCAAACGAAUGAAUACCAACCAACCAGUACUGGUAAAGACAUAAAGGAGAAGCUUAUUGUAGCAUUGCUUAGAGUAGCUAAGCUAGAUCCAUCAACUACCGCUAGAUGUAUUGCUCUCAACUCUCUSGGUUUGUUUCUGGUUGAAGAGUUGGUACAUUGUCAAGGUCAUCCUCGAGUACAGGAUUGUAUCUGUGUUCUUUUACAAAGUAUUACUUUUUACCACAAGGCUAUUUCAACGGUAGCUGUAGACCUUAUCCACCUACUAUCAGAGUAUUACAAUGAACUAUCGGCAUAUGAAUAUGAUUUACCACUGAAGAUCGUAGAGGUUUUAUGUCAUACACUYGUCAGUAUUUUACCUGGAGGAGAAGCAGCACAAGCCCAGGACGAGAACUCGGUGGUGAUYCCACURAUUCUMUGUCUUUUGGACUGGACAAUGGCGAUACCGAUAGAAAGAUUGCUUAUGAAAAAGGGAGACGAAAAUUUGAGUGUUCUUUCUCGAGUUUUUCAAGUGCUAGAAAARGCAGUYGCSAACAGAGUUGUUCCAAAACGUCGAAAAUCCCUCAACAUAUCGACCAUAAUAAGCGGCGAUGGACGUCCUAUAAGACUAGCUAGAUUUUUCAGUCUUAACGAUAGUGUCUUAGUCACGCUGAUUGAGUUACAAAAAGAGACUCCCUCAGAUCGAUCAGUCCUUCAUGACAUGACGACAGCCAAAACACAAGUAAGGUUAAUAUUGCGUGACAUGACUGGACGUCACUCGUGGGACUACACACUGUUGUACGGCAAGAACGAUGAUAGCGGGAAAAGAACAUCCUUCCCUGGUUUAUUGCAAGGACUGACUGUUGAAGUCGAACCAGUACCAAGUGAACCUCAGAAGGUUUCAAGAAAGCGUAUGCUAAGAGAACUACGAGUCGAUAGCACACCCAUUGUUCCUGAUAGACUGGACGAGGCUUUAAGUUACAUCGGCUUAACAAGCCGUGAAUGUAUUCUUUAUCCUGACCAAUCACUGAACGAGCCAUCACCAUCCAGCCACUUGAUCAGUCSUUAUAUGGAAAGUUCAGUUAUCGAGUCCGUUUCUCAGCAAUUCCAGGCAGAGCUUGACUAUCAUCAUGACGUGUCAGAUAAUAGUGUAUCAGCAUCAGCGUUCCGUCCAACAUCUCAUAUCGACUCAAGCUCACCGUUUCAGCUUUGUAGAUUUCUGAUCAGCGAACAUGGAAUCAUGGCUUGGGAAAAAAGAAAUCGAGUCGAUUUGUUGAAUCGAAACGAGCGAUUUUUACGCGAAUUGAAGAACCUCGACAGCAGACGAUGUCGUGAAACGCAUAAAAUUGCAGUACUGUAUGUCGCUGAUGGCCAAGAAGACAAAACGUCCAUAAUGAAAAACAACGCUGGUAGUCAAGCGUACGAGGACUUUGUUGCUGGACUUGGAUGGGAGGUUGAUUUAUCAAAGCAUACAGGGUUUCUGGGCGGACUAGAACGCAACCUUUCCACAGGAUCUACAGCACCGUACUACGCUACAUCCACUCAAGAAGUCAUCUUCCAUGUAUCAACUCGUAUGCCUCUCGCUACAGACGGCACGGGCUUCACUAAGAAAAUGCGUCACCUUGGCAACGAUGGUGUACAUAUCGUGUGGUCGGAGCACAAUCGGGAUUACCGAUAUGGCAUCGUGAACACCGAGUUUGGUGAUGUGCUCAUCAUUAUAUAUCCACUUAAAAAUCAUUUGUUUAGAAUACAUAUUAUCAAAAAACCUGAGGUCCCUCAUUUCGGGCCGUUGUUUGACGGAGCGAUCGUUAAUAGAAGAGCUCUUCCAUCGCUUGUGAGGGCGACUGCUGUAAAUGCUAGUAAAGCAAGACAGUCAUUGAUGCCUUUAUAUGAGAGAUGCUACGAAGAACGCUACGACAGUAUACAAACAAUUGUAAAAAAUCACAAACAUUUAUCAAGUUUUGAAGAAUUCGCCUCAMGAUGCUUCAGUCCAGCACCGAACACGAGCAGUCGACCUUCUACGCCAGCGGUUGAACACAAGACAUCAUUACGCAUGCAAACAGCUUCGGCYAGUUUUGAACACGAAGCGUCCAUACGCAAUCGAUCCAAGAGUACAGGAAUGUCGUUGAUUGGUCAAAACACAAUAGAUUUGGGGGCAGCAAAUGCCAAUGAGCAUUUAACUACAACUAUCGCCAUGUCAGUCCCGGAYGAAUUGAACCGCGUGAGCACUGGUGAUAGCGUGGCACGGCAAGAAAAACGACGGCUGUCGCUAAGAUGGCGAAAUAAAUCCACUUCGRCUGUGUUAAGCGAGAUGUCAUCAGAGUCUAGUAUGUAUGCAGAGGGUCUAAAUGGUGAACAGUGAAUACAGAUUAUAUCCUAGGAAAUAUUAGAAAAUAUAUACGAGUCCMUUUACAGGCUUA